AUGAGACCAGGCGCGCUCUUCAUUCGUCAAAGGGCAACAACGUUUAAAACCACGCCAAUCCUGAGCUACCCGCGACAGAAGUCUCCCCAUUUCCGCGCCUCGUCUGCUUGCCCGUUUCGUGCCACCCGCACAAUGUCCACCAUCACGUUGAAAGACAGCGGCCUGCAGGUCAAGCUACCCAACGGCCUGUCGGAAGAACAAUUGCUGGCUUUCAGACCGUUCCAGAAUUGGGUCAAGGGCCUCGCCAAUUCCCUGAGCCUACAAGCCAAGAACGAGAAUCACCCGUUCCACCCGGACCCUUACCAACUCCAUGCCAUCACGGUUCAGGCAUUCGACAUUUUCGGCUCCGGUCGCGUGGGCUUUCUAAAAAUCACAGCCGAUGUGAAGAACAGGGCCGGCGAGGGUCUUCCGGCCAGCGUCUUCCUCCGUGGUCCCAGUGUUGGAAUGCUCGUCAUGCUCAUCCCUGACGACGUGCCACCCGAGAGCGACGAGCGCUACGUCGUCCUGACCGUCCAACCGCGCGUGCCCGUCGGCAGCCUCUCCUUCGUGGAGCUGCCCGCCGGCAUGGUCGAUGACAGCGGCAGCUUCGCCGGCGCGGCGGCCAAGGAGAUCAAGGAGGAGCUGGGCCUUGAGAUUCACGAGUCGAAGCUUGCAUGCCUCAGCGAGCUCGCCGGCGCGGGCGAGUCGGCGGGCAACGAGACCGAUGAGGGCCUGGCAGAGGCCAUGUACCCGUCCGCGGGCGGGUGCGACGAGUUCGUCACGCUGUACAGCCACGAGCGGAGGAUCCCGCGCGGGCAGCUGAAGGAGUGGAGCGGCAAGCUGACGGGGCUGAGGGAUCACGGCGAGAAGAUCACGCUGAAGCUCGUUGCCAUGAAGGAUCUCUGGCGCGAGGGCGCAAGGGAUGCCAAGUGUCUCGCGGCGCUGGCCCUAUGGGAGGGGCUCCGACGUGAGGGCAAGUUAUGA